AUGCACAGCCCUGAGACGCCAAGGGAGUUCACUUCAUUUCCCCGUUUGACCAGCGGGUGUGAAAUGUCCCCACUUCUAUUCCCUCAGCCCAGGAAGCCGCAUCAAGGAGUCACUGAUCCACACAUCGCAUCCAUCAAGGCCGCCCGCUACCAGCUGUGGUGUGCGGAGAAGGACUUGUCCCGACAUGAAACGUAUGUGUGCAGAGGCAGUGCAGAGUUCAGUGGCUCUGUCUACGAGUGUACGUCGUGUUUGUGUGUCCUGCAGUGA